AUAUACAGUAAUUAUAAGAAAAACCACAUUCUCUACAAGAAUUUCAACCACUACCUAUCUAGGCCAGAGUUAAAUCAAAAUGAAGUACUCCUUCACGCUUGUUACCCUGGCUGCUGGCAUCAGCCAGGUCACGGCCACGGGCUUCUUCGGAUUUCACAAUGCCCCCCAAUUCAGCUGCCCCGAUAACACGGAUAACGUGUGUAUUCCCGACAUCGUAAAGGGUAUCGACUGGUCCGACCUCGCCUUCGGUUCAUUCGAUUCGUACAAAGGAUUCAAGUGGAAUGGCUUCACUUGUAGCGAGAAGUUUGGCAAGCGGGAUGAGUUGACCGCCCGGACUUUCCAGAGCAAGUGUAUCACCGGCAAUGCGCAGCAGGACAAGGAAAAGAGCCCCAAGAUCAGCUGUGACAACAGCAAGGGUGUCAAGAAGACCUCCAUCAAGAAGUUCCAGGUUUCGCCUGAGUUCGACUGCGACUUGGAGUUUCACUACACCAUGCCCGACGGAUCUGCUUGCAAGCACCGAUCUCCUUGCAAGGCUUCCGGUACCGUCGUCGAGAACACCCAGUGCGGUGGUGCUACCGACGUCACCGUCGUCUACCCUAAGCAGCCCUCUAAGCCCAAGGACUCUUGCGACUUUGGCAUCCACCACAUCGACUUCGACUGCGAGGCCCCUAAACCCUCUAAGCCAUCAAAGCCCGACACUCCCUCCAGCAGCUCCGUUGUCGUGAGCAGCAGCGCCUCAUACCCUGCUAGCAGCCUCUCUGCCAGCUCUGUUGCCGUGAGCAGUAGCUCCUCCCCUGCCAGCAGCUCUGUUGCUGUAAGCAGCAGCGCAUCCGAGUCGUCGUCUGUCGUCGCCUCUUCCAGCUCUACCAGUGUCUUCGAGUCGACCAGCUCUUCGUCUGCUACCACUAGCAUUCCCAUUGGUGUCUCGUCCACCGUCAGCGUACCCACUGGAAGCGCCAGCACUUCGGCGCCUACCCUCCCUUACCCCGUUGUCAACAGCACUAUCUCUGCUACUGAGGCUACCAUCUCUGCUACUGAAGCCAUCAGCUCUGCUACUGAAGCUAUCAGCUCUGCUACUGAAGCUAUCAGCUCCGCUACUGAAGCUAUCAGCUCUACCGCUGAUGUCUCUUCUUUCUCUGUUACCAGCUACUUGACUACUUCUACUGUUUUCACUACCUCGGUCCAGACUAUCACUAGCUGUGGUCCUUCCGUUCCUAACUGUCCUGCUGGCUCGAACACGGUUGUCACCGUCACCAUCCCCCUCUCUACCACCAUUAGUCCUGUUACCGAGACUAUUGGUGUCUCUACCCCGGCUGUCUCUACACCCGCUACUAAGCCCACUGAAUCGGCCGCCAAGCCCGCCGAGUCUUCCGUCGAGUCUUCCGUCGAGUCGACUCCUACUGGUCCCUCUGGUACUUCCCCUGCUUCCAGCAGCAGCAGCACCCCUGCCGGUCCCGUCGAGACUCUCCCUUGCCCUAACGUCGUUCCCUCUUGCUUGAACACCUGGAUGUUCAGCGUUGGCUGCAAGGACAACACUGAUUCUGCCUGCUACUGCCCUGACGCCAGCUUCGUCAAGAACAUCUUCACCUGCCUGUACGCCUACGGUGAGUCCGACGAGGUCAUCUCUGAGGCUAUCAGCUACUUCCAGGGUAUCUGCGCUCCUUUCGUGCCCAGCAACCCCGGUAUUGCCACUGGCGCUGAUACCAUCACCACCAUCCUCACUGCUACCCCUGCUGCCCCUCCUGCUGCUGUCACCACCAUCGAGGUUGCCACCACCGUUGUUGUUCCUUGCACCAACGAGGCUGGUGAGACUAUCCCCAGCUCCAGCAGCACUGUGACCAUCAGCACCAGCUUGACCGUCCCCGGUAUCGUCUUCAGCACCGCUACCAACGGCCCCAGCUCUACCGGUGUCGUUAUCGUCCCUGGCACCUACGUCGCCACCGUCCCGGUUGCUACUCCUACCGCCGAGACUCCGGCCUCGACCCCGGCCCCGACUGGUGCUGCCCCUUACCCCACUAUUGGUGGCUCCUCGACCCUGGUCACCGCUGCCCCCUCCGGCACCGGUGUCGUCUACCCGACCUCGGCCCCGAGCAGCAGCUCGGUGAUCGUCACCGCCGGCGCUGCCCACGUCGGUGCUGGCAUGGGCCUUCUCGGCUUCGCCGGUAUGGUCGUCGCCGCUGCCCUAUAAGGCGCCCAAGCAAUAAAAUACUAGUAGUAGCCUCACCGCAGGCGAGUUUCUUUUUCUGUACAGUACAAACAUGACCACUGCCGUCACAUAAGAUUCUUACGAUCCUUACGAACAAACUUGCAUAUCUUUGGGAACCUGGCAAAAAAGAUGGGUUUUCUUUUAAUUUAAACUGACACGCCGUCACACCGUGGUGGUUCGGUGGAGUAGCUUCUCCCGUGUCUCGAUGACGGCGAGUUGGGAGAGGUGGUGCGGCUUGGGAGGUGGAGUGUGUAUAAAAGCACGGAUGGACUUGUAGUAAUAGUAAUACCCCGAUAAAUUAUAGCUGAGCUUGAACUUUACUAUAUAUUUUCUUCAAA